UUUAAUAAAAGUAAAGAGCGGAAGUGGUCAUCAUGCAGCCGGAAGUGUUUGUGUGUUUGGAUUCACUAAAGCGACACCAUGGGACGAGAGUCACGGCACUACCGGAAGCGCUCCAGCUCGAGGGCGAGGUCCGCCAGCCGGUCCAAGAGCCGCUCGCCCGACUCCAAGCGCUCGAAGAAGGAGGAUCCGGCCGGCUCACGGGCCCGCAGCAGGAGAGAGCGCACACGCAGCCGAGAGAGGAGGAGGUCACGCUCCCGAGACCGCAAGAGGCCGAGGCGCUCCAGGAGUCGGGACAGGAGACGCACCAGCCGAGAGCGCAGGAGGAGCAGGAGCAAGAGCAGGAGCAGAGGGAGGAGCAAGGAGAAGCCGGAGAACGGAGAGCCGAGCGCCGACAAGAAGAAGCUGAAGGAGGAGAAGGAGGAGGAGAGGCCGGAGGACCAAGACUUUGACCAGAACACACUGGAGGAGGAGAUGAGGAAGAGGAAGGAGCGCGUGGAGAAGUGGAGGGAGGAGCAGAGGAAGAAGGCCAUGGAGAACAUCGGGGAGAUCAAGAAGGAGCUGGAGGAGAUGAAGCAGGGCAAGAAGUGGAGCCUGGAGGAUGAUGACGAUGACGAGGAGGAGACCCUCGCCCCGGUGGAGCCCGACCCGGACGGCGAGGAGCAGGAGAAGGAGCCGGCGGUGGAGCUGGAGGAGGUGCCGGAGGAGGAGGCCGGAGAGGAGCUGGACCCGCUCGACGCCUACAUGGAGGAGGUCAAGGAGGAGGUCAAGAAGUUCAACAUGGGCACCAUGAAGGGCGGGAACGACAAGCAGAAAGGAGGCAUGUCCGUGACUAAAGUGAUGACCGUGAUGAAGACGAGGAAGAUGCCGAACACCUCCAAGAAGAAGGGCGAGCUGAUGGAGAACGACCAGGACGCCAUGGAGUAUUCGUCAGAGGAAGAGGUGGUGGACCUGCAGACGGCCCUCACGGGCUUCCAGACGAAACAGAGGAAGGUUCUGGAGCCGGUGGAUCAUCAGAAGAUCGAGUAUGAACCCUUCCGCAAGAACUUCUACGUGGAAGUGCCGGAGCUGGCCCGGAUGAGCCCCGAAGAGGUGAACGAGUACCGCCUGGAGCUGGAGGGCAUCGUCGUGAAGGGCAAAGGCUGCCCGAAGCCCAUCAAGUCCUGGGUGCAGUGUGGCAUCUCCAUGAAAGUGAUGAACGCGCUGAAGAAGCACAGCUACGAGAAGCCGACCCCGAUCCAGGCGCAGGCCAUCCCGGCCAUCAUGUCGGGCCGAGACCUCAUCGGCAUCGCCAAGACCGGCAGCGGCAAGACCAUCGCCUUCCUCCUGCCCAUGUUCAGACACAUCCUGGACCAGCGGGCACUGGGGGAGGGGGAGGGGCCUAUCGCGGUCAUCAUGACCCCCACCCGAGAGCUGGCUCUCCAGAUCACCAAAGAGUGCAAGAAGUUCUCCAAGUCUCUGGGUCUGCGUGUGGUGUGUGUGUACGGCGGCACGGGCAUCAGCGAGCAGAUCGCAGAGCUGAAGCGAGGAGCAGAAAUCAUCGUCUGCACUCCCGGCCGGAUGAUCGACAUGCUCGGAGCCAACAGCGGUCGCGUGACGAACCUGCGCAGAGCCACGUAUGUGGUGAUGGACGAGGCCGACCGCAUGUUCGACAUGGGCUUCGAGCCGCAGGUGAUGCGGAUCGUGGAUAACGUGAGGCCGGACCGCCAGACUGUGAUGUUCUCCGCCACGUUCCCGCGCUCGAUGGAGGCGUUGGCGCGCAGGAUCCUGUCCAAGCCCAUCGAGGUGCAGGUGGGCGGCAGGAGCGUGGUGUGCUCCGACGUCGAGCAGCACGUGAUCGUCAUCGAGGAGGAGAAGAAGUUCCUGAAGCUUCUGGAGAUUCUGGGUCACUAUCAGGAGAAGGGAUCGGUCAUCAUCUUCGUGGACAAGCAGGAGCACGCCGACGGUCUCCUGAAGGACCUGAUGAAGGCCUCGUACCCCUGCAUGUCCCUGCACGGAGGCAUUGACCAGUACGACCGGGACAGCAUCAUCAACGACUUCAAGAACGGGGCGUGCCGUCUGCUGGUGGCCACCUCUGUCGCCGCGCGGGGCCUCGACGUCAAGCACCUCAUCCUGGUGGUCAACUACAACUGCCCCAACCACUACGAGGACUACGUGCACCGCGCCGGACGCACCGGGAGAGCCGGCAACAAGGGAUACGCGUACACCUUCAUCACUGCAGACCAGGUGCGCUACUCUGGGGAUAUCCUGAAAGCGCUGGAGCUGUCCUCCACACCCGUACCCCCCGAGCUGGAGCAGCUGUGGACCGGCUUCAAGGAGCAGCAGAAGGCCGAGGGCAAGAGUAUCAAGAGCAGCAGCGGGUUCUCCGGGAAGGGCUUCAAGUUCGACGAGACGGAGCACGCGCUGGCCAACGAGAGGAAGAAGCUGCAGAAGGCUGCGCUCGGCCUUCACGACUCUGACGACGACGACGCGGCUCUCGACAUCGACGAGCAGAUCGAGAGCAUGUUUAACUCUAAGAAGCGUGUGAAGGACUUCUCGGCCCCGGGCUCCUCCGGCGGCCCCGCUGUGGGAGUGAGCGGCUCGGUCAGCUCGGCCUCCGCCCCCAGCGCUCCCUCUGCUGGAAACAUACAGAAGCUGGAGAUGGCCAAGAAGCUGGCGCUCAGGAUACAGGUGCAGAAGAACCUGGGCGCCGAGGCACAGGACGUGAUGCAGCAGGCCACGAACGCUAUCCUGCGCGGCGGGACGAUGAUCGCGCCCUCGGUCUCCGCUAAGACCAUCGCAGAGCAGCAGGCGGAGAAGAUCAACGCUAAGCUGAACUACACGCCGGUGGAGAAGCUGGAGGAGGAGCGGCAGGCCAACGACAACAGCGAGACCGUCAAGAGAUACGAGGAGGAGCUGGAGAUCAACGACUUCCCUCAGACGGCCCGCUGGAAGGUCACGUCGAAGGAAGCGCUCCAGCGAAUCGGAGAGUACUCGGAGGCUGCCAUCACCAUACGAGGGACGUACUUCCCCCCGGGCAAAGAGCCCAAAGAGGGCGAGCGCAAGAUCUACCUGGCCAUCGAGAGUGCGAACGAGCUGGCCGUGCAGAAGGCCAAAGCCGAGAUCACACGCCUCAUCAAGGAGGAGCUCAUACGCCUGCAAAACUCCUACCAGCCGACCAGCAAGGGCCGGUACAAGGUCCUGUAGAGCACUGCGCUGGGCAGCCGGGCGAACGCCAGGUUUGGAUCUCUGGAAGUUUGUACCUGUUGUUUGCGUCGCUCAUGUUGAAUAUUUUAGAAAACUCCCAUGUAAUUGUGAACUUAAUUUGGAAAUAAAAUGUUUUUUUUUCUUGUGUA